AUCAUGUGGAUCUUCAACAAAGGCCUAGCAAAGUCGCAUUUUUAUGUUUGGUACCUGGGAUCCAAGGAGGCCGAUGGAGUUCGAGGUACGACUGUAGCGUUGCCAGCAAUGCGCCAGUUGCUUCGUGACAGCUUCAGACGAACACCCAACAAAGCCACAGUACAGAUCAGCGGAAAAGGCCUAAAACUGAUCCAGACAGUGCCAACGAUGGGUAAAAGUGGCAAAAUCAAAAUGCAGCUUGUGAAAUUUCAAAUUGCUGCAAGCAAUAUCACGUACAGCAUGACAGGAAAACCUCCAUUCGACGAUGUCAUCGCCGUAGUCAUGCUUGUAUUCAAUCCUGAAAUGCAUAGCCCUAUCCACGUUCACUGUUACAGAUGUGAUAGUGCUGAAACCGCAGCAAUCAUGCAGGCCAACCUACAAGUUCUCAUUGGACGUCCAGAUACGCAGCGUUCGAUUGCCGCUCUGGAACAGCGACUCCUCAUCAACGAUAUUCUUUCAAAUAAGGGAAGAAAUAACUAUCAGAAAAGUCUUGAUGGACGUCUACCAAACGGUGUUGUUGAUGAAUUAAAACGAAAACUUUCAAGCAACGAAGAACGUGCUCCAAGAGGCCGAAGCAAGUUCUCUCAUUCCGCCACAGUAUCCGAUCGAUAUCGGGAACCAAUCCCAAAUUCUGAGCCAAGGCUAAGGCUUUUUGGUGAUACCAUCAUUCGUAAUGGUAAAUCUCGGUCUGUUGAUAAUCUCACAGUAUCAACUCAGGUUUCAAGGUAA